AUGCAACGAUUUGUUAACAUAGGGGAGAACCUAUACAUGAACGUGUUAUUAGUUGGUGUUCUUUUGCCGACUGGGCCAGUCGGGGUGGACACUCCGCUCAAGGCGUGGACUGCCAACAAGCUCCUCAUCCUUUGCAUAUUCAUGGUUGCUUCAAUGACACAAAAUUUUUCGUCUCCUACUGAAUUGAUGAUAAUGUCAUUCUUGGACUUCCCCAUCGAGAUGCCUCUGAGGAUCUCUACCAGCCCUAGCCCCCUAGCCCUCCUUUGCCGCCUCUAUUUCGUUCUCGAAGAGACGGAAUCUCUCCACCCUCCGUGCAAACCUGCGGGUGCAUGA